AAGUGGGGAACCGUACUAUAAAUGAUGGGCGUAGUGGAUGGAGAGCUUAUCCACGGCCUUUGCCUUCUUCACUUCCUCUCCAGAUCUGCCCUGAGCUUGCUAUUGUAUGGCAGUAACCGGUUACAAGGGGCGAGUGAUCGCUGAAAGCUUUGGGAAGCGACUUGCGAUUCAGAUCUGGACCGCCAAGCUUCGCGAUCUUGCUCCGUUCUCCAUCUUCAGGAGGGCAUCGCACUUUGCUUCGCACUACGAGAAGGAGAUUGACGAGCACGUGAGGCCGGCCGUGGUGCCGGAUCAUGUGAUAGAGGCUAGUUCGGAGAAGUACUGGAGCCCACAUCCGACCACCGGCGUCUUUGGCCCCGCCGAUCUGAUUGGCGUUGCCGGUCUCCGCCACCCGCCGGCGUCCGGUAAUGGUAGCUCGUCUGCUCUGGACCAGACCGUCCGGUUCCGCCCCCUCGAUCUCGAGGACCUCGACAAGUCUCAGCACGUUUAGCUCUCGCUGGAUUCUGCCCUACUUCUCCCGAUUAUAAUAUUAUUAUGCCAUCAAUAUUAGAUAAAUAAAUAAAACAUGGAGUGCGGGGGUAUGCGUAAAAUGUGCUCCCUGUGUUUCUGUGGGGCUCCGUAUGCUUUUGAGUUCCCGGUUACCUACUUGCUGUGUAAUGGAAUUGAUAUAAUUAUGUUGAUAUUGCAUCUUAUAUGUACGGACUUGAA